AUGGGUGUCAAAAGCAGAUGUGUAAAGGGGAAGAUUCUCUAUUUCUUGUGCAUUUGUAAUGGAGGAGGAUGGGUUUCCUUGGAUGUUCUCGGGUGUUUAUGGCCAGUAGACGAUGGGGAGAGGCAUAUUCUAUGGGAGGAGCUGGGGCUUAUGAGGGUACAAUUGAUUCGCCCGAGGUGUAUAGGAGGGGAUUUUAAUGUGGUUAGAUCCCCGGCGGAGCGAUCGAUAGGAGGAAGAUGGACUUCAGCUAUGGUACAGUUUUUGGAGUUCAUUGAUGGCCACCAUCUCCAUGAUUUGCUGUUACAAGGAGCGACGUUGACAUGGGGUAGUGGCAGAAAUUUACCUACUUUUUCACGUCUAGAUAGAUUUCUUAUUUUUGGAGAUUGGGAGGAGAAGUUUCCGGAUGCAAUUCAGGUUGCCUUGGCUAGACCGGUUUCGGACCAUUUUCCUUUGGUUCUUGAUUGUGGAGAGAUGAGGUCAAGGAUCACACCUUUUCAAUUUAAAAAUAUACAGCUUAGGGCGGAUGAUUUCCAAGGAUAUGUGAGGAACUGGUGGGAAGGGAGCAUGAUUGACAGUUUUCUGAGCUAUGUUCUUGCUAGAAAGCUUAGGGUUUUGAAGAAUGAGAUUAAAAGGUGGAAUAAGGAGGUGUUUGGGAAUCUUGAGUGGAGGAAGAAUAGGGCCUUUGCAGAAAUUGCACAUAUUGAUCGCUUGGAAGGUUCAAGCGGGAUUGGUGAGGAGCAAACAAGUAGGAGGGUUGCUUGUCAGGCUGAGAUUACUAAGAUUGCUAUGGCAGAGGAGAUUUCUUGGAGACAAAAAUCUAGAGCUAUUUUGCUCAAGGAGGGUGAUAGGAAUACUAAGUUUUUCCAUCGAUUGGCCAAUGCACAAAGGAGGGGUAAUCAUAUUGGGAGGCUUAAUAUUGAAGGGGAGACGCUCAUUAGGGAAGAGGAUGUUUGCAAGGGGGUUUCCACUUUUAAUCAAGGAUUUUUUACGGAGAAUACAUCUUCGAGACCUCGGCUGGAUGAUCUUCACUUUGAUUCUAUUUCGGAGGCAAGUAGGAUAGGGUUGGAAACUCCAUUCUCUGAAGAGGAGGUUAUGUUGCAAUGGGGACAAAGCUCUAGGGCCAGAUGGUUUUGCUAUGAGGUUCUUUCUGGAGAGCUGGGUUGUGGUUAG